GGAACAUCUGUCUGCCAGGCUAUUCUUGUGGGAUCUGUAGUCGCUCUUCUGUAUUCCUCAAGGGCUUGCUAUAACCUGGUAGCUGUGGCCAUAUCUCCAGACAGUGUUCCUGGUCCUUUUAACUAUGGCUGGGACAACCUUUCAGACAAGGUGCACGUGGAAGUGAGCAGUGAAGAGUACGUGGUGUUUGGAGUCGUCCUCUUCCUCUGGGAGCUGGUGCCAACGACUUUCGUGGUGCUGUUCUUCCGGGCUCAGAGACUGAGUCAGAACUUGACUCCAGCGGGGAUGGUCAAUAGUCACAGUUACAGCUCCAGAGCUUACUUCUUUGACAAUCCGAGGCGCUACGACAGCGACGAUGACUUGUCACGGCUUGGAGCCAGAGAAGGAGGCUUGGCCACCCCUCAGUGCUCUGGCUGCUAUGGGUCCCUGGCUGGGAAUGACAACUACACGGUGGGUCCCCACCUCAGCGGAACCGCUACGGACGGUGCCCCUUUGCUCUCUGCCGCAGGCGGCUCGGAGAUGAAUAACCACCACAGCUCAUACCCUGCACCACAGAACUGA